AGAUUUAUAUUCGGAGCAUCCAGCUUUCUUUCCCCAUUGAUCCAGGGCGCGCAAAGGGACACAUCUCCAUUAGCCUUUCAAACGAAGUAGACGUUGCCGAAUAAAGUCUUUUGGCCCUGCAUUUAAUAUUGCGUAUUGUUUCUUUAUAUUCUUCAUUCUCCGCAACCACCAUCUUCUAGUUCCGUUACAUUCUCGAAAAAGCCCGCCACCAUGCGUUCGGCACGGAACAUCGCCCUCGGCUUGCUCGCGGCUGUUGCCGUCGUAUCUGCAGCUGAUGCGCCCUCUGAUGUCGUUCAACUGAAGAAGGACACUUUUGACGCCUUCAUCAAAGAGAACAGCCUCGUUCUAGCAGAAUUCUUUGCCCCGUGGUGUGGCCACUGCAAGGCCCUCGCCCCAGAGUACGAAGAGGCUGCCACAACAUUAAAGGAGAAGGAUAUCAAGCUAGUCAAGGUUGACUGCACAGAGGAGCAGGAUCUCUGCCAGACAUAUGGCGUUGAAGGAUACCCGACGCUCAAGAUCUUCCGGGGACCCGACAACAUCACUCCCUACUCUGGUCAACGGAAAUCUGCUGCCAUUACCUCCUACAUGAUCAAGCAAUCUCUUCCUGCCGUGUCGGAGUUGAACGCCGAGACCCUCGAGGAGUUCAAGACCGCCGACAAGGUUGUCUUGGUCGCCUACACGGAUGCCUCCGAUAAGGCAUCCAACGAAGUCUAUUCCGCUAUUGCUGAGAAGCUUCGAGAUAACUACCUUUUCGGUGCUACAAACGAUGCCGCUCUGGCCGAAGCUGAGGGGGUCACCGCCCCUGCCAUCGUUCUAUACAAGUCCUUUGAUGAGGGCAAGGCUGUGUUCUCAGACAAAUUCGACGAGGAGGCUAUUGUAAGCUUCACCAAGACUGCCUCAACCCCUUUGGUUGGCGAGGUCGGCCCUGAAACCUACUCCGACUAUAUGUCUGCUGGCAUCCCUCUUGCGUAUAUCUUCGCCGAGACCCCCGAGGAGCGUAAGGAACUUGGUGAUGCUCUCAAGCCCCUCGCCGAGAAGUACCGUGGCAAGAUCAACUUCGCCACCAUUGACGCCAAAGCCUUCGGCGCUCAUGCCGGCAACCUCAAUCUCCCCACUGAUAAGUUUCCCUCUUUUGCCAUCCAGGAGACGGUUAAGAACCAGAAGUUCCCCUUCGAUAUUGAGAAGGAGAUCACCGUCGAGACCAUUGGCAGCUUUGUUGAGGACUUCUCAGCUGGUAAGAUUGAGCCCGGCGUCAAGUCUGAGCCUAUCCCUGAGACACAGGAGGGCCCUGUUACUGUUGUCGUUGGCAAGAGCUACGAAGACAUUGUCCUUGAUGACACCAAGGAUGUCCUGAUUGAGUUCUACGCUCCUUGGUGCGGUCACUGCAAGGCUUUGGCCCCCAAGUACGAAGAACUUGCCGCUCUUUACGGUGAUGAGUACAAGGACAAGGUUGUUAUUGCCAAGGUUGACGCCACUGCCAAUGAUGUUCCUGAUGAGAUCCGAGGCUUUCCUACAAUCAAGUUGUACCCCGCCGGAGCCAAGAGCGAGCCUGUCACUUACAGUGGCUCUCGCACAGUUGAGGAUCUGAUUAAGUUUGUCAAGGAGAACGGAAAGUACAAGGCCGAGGUCGUGGAGAAGGCUGCUGAGGAGGAGACCCCUAUUGCCCCCGCCGCGACUGAGACAGCAAGCAGCGAGGCUGCCAAGGAGACGGAGCAUGACGAACUAUAGAUUGUAUACCUCGGUGAUUUUCUUUAUGCGGUUAUGGUUACGUCUUGGGAAGUUCAAUCGACUACCCUUAAGCAACACUCUUACGGGAUUAUGGUAAAAAUUGCCGGCUUCGGUUAGCUAGCAUAUCUAAUGAAUUUAACGGUUUUGCAUGAA